AUGAUGAUGGAUUAUUCAUUCAUAAACCGCCAAGCUGGAGUUUCACUGUAUGCCAACGGCCUGAAAGAUUUUGCAAUUAAUUGGUUGUUUGUUGCUGAGUUAGCCAUACAGUCUGCUAGGGAAAAUGGUGAUCAUGGGAAAGCUACUUCUUAUACCCUUGCCUUCUGUAAAUCCUGCAUUCCCAUCCAAUUGAUCAAUUGGGUUAUUAGUCAAAGUGGCAUGGACAGAAAGAUCGGCAGACCAAGUGUUUCCACUCCCAUAGAUAUUAUAAAAUGGCUUCUAGUUGUUGAGGAACAAGGAUUAGCGAUAUUUGGUUGUGGAAUUGCCAAGCAUCGUGCAAAAGCUGUCCUUUACACUUCAAGAACAGAGCGCAUACUUCCAGUGGUCAAACAUCCCUUUUUAAAUUUGAUACAUGGAGGGUCUGUGAUCGAUAGAGUUGGUGGAGGUGAUGUAGAGAUGCAUGAUACUGUGGACGCCAUGAGUUUGUCUGGUGAUGAUAAAAUGAACACAACAACCAUUGAUGGAACUAGAAAACGCAAAGAAGGAAUUGAGGAUGACACAAAAGCACAGCUAAAGUAUAUGAGAUGUCAGUUUCAUGAGAAUCCUGUGAAAGAAAGCUCCUUUAUUUUCAGGCAACAGUGA